AUGAGAAUAUCCUUGUUUUCUUUUCUUUAUGUUGUAUAUAUUUGUCUUGCCUUUUUUGAAGUGCAGGCUCUUCAUCUCAAUAUCCAUGACAAUGAUUCAGUUCGAAGUACCAUUAACAGUAUGACUGGAGAGCUCAUGAAUUACUGGAACGGGACGGACCAUAAAUUUGUUGCAUCAUACUGGUGGCUUACUGGUGCUUCCAUGACCGUUCUUUUAAACAAUGGUAUAUUGUUUAAUAACAAUACUUAUACCGAUUUGGUUUCCGAGUCUUUGAUGUACAACGCUGGUAGUGAUUACGAUUUUGAGCCGUCUGACGAAUACUUCAACUUAGGAAACGAUGACCAAGGUAUUUGGGGUGCUGCAGUAAUGGAUGCUGCAGAGCUAGAUUUAAAGCAAGUAGGGGAUUCAUCAGCGUCUUGGCUUGAAUUGGGUCAAGCGGCAUUUAAUCGUAUCUCUGAUAGAUGGGAUACCGUGAACUGCAAGGGUGGCUUACGUUGGCAAGCGUUUCCUUGGUUAAGUGGCUAUUCUUAUAAGAGCAGUAUCAGUAAUGGGUUAUUAUUUCAGCUAGCUGCUAGAUUAGCCCGUUUCACCGGCGAUCCCAAGUAUGAAGAUUGGGUUAAUCGCGUCUGGGAUUGGUCAACAUCCAGCGGGUUUGUCAAUUCUACAGAUUUUAGCGUUUAUGAUGGAUCUAAAAUAUCGACAAACUGCACUGUAAUAGAUCAUUCUCAAUGGUCUUAUAACCUUGGAGUUUACAUGACUGGUGUUGCGUACAUGUACAAUCAUACUCGGGGAGACAACUUCUGGAAAGAUAAACUUGACGGUUUCAUUUCUCAUGCAACAUCGUUUUUUAUGAAUAAUGAUAUAGCUUGGGAUCCGCAAUGUGAAACCACAGGGUCAUGUAACAUUGAUCAAACUGCGUUCAAAGGAAUAUUGAUGCAAAGUUUUGGAAAUGCAAUACGUCUUGCCCCUUACACUAAAACAACUGCUGCAGCUUUGGCUUGUUCGGGUGGAUACUCUGGCAAGAGUUGCGGUGUUCAUUGGUCUUGGGACAAUGGCACGUGGGAUGGCACGUAUGGUGUCGGUCAACAGUAUUCAGCUUUGGAGGCUGUACAGAUGCUUUAUGUUGAUAAUUAUCCAAAAUUAGUUACCUUAUCGACUUCAUCUGACAAUCGUUCGAACACUACUUUUGGUUCUGCCAACUCAACUUCAAACAAUUAUGAAGUUACCAUUCCUCGUCCGACGGAAGCUGAUCGAGGUGGUGCUGGAUUCCUCACAUUUUUAUCGGCCUUUUUAAUUCUGGGUGUAUCUAUAUGGGCCAUCAUUGAAGAUGAAGAAGGAAAGAUUCCCUCCAGAAAUCAACAAGGCGAAACUGAAAUCGUUGAGGAGAAGAAAGACGAUACUGUUAUGAGUGUAUAG